AUGUUGCAUACCAACCCAUUCACAUAUAGUGUUGAUACGACCAAUAAAUACGGUCUACCACUGAUCCCGGACGAACACUGGGAACCACUUUUUGCUGAGUUGGGCAAGCAGUCGAUUGGUCUAUUAAUGCAGCUUGACCCAACACAUGCAGAGUUGUAUCAAAAAGAGAUUCCACAGACAUUCAACGACAUUCCAAAACAAUUCAAAGAUGCAAUGCAUGAGAUGAUGGCUGGUUGCUUCGAUCAAAAAAGUAAGUUGUUUGAGAUGAUGACAAGAAAUGUUAUUGUCAAGUACGCCUCAUACCUUAGAUUUUUGAUGGAGAGACGACUUUACAAAGAGAAGUUGGAAUCAACCGACUUGUUGCCAUCUCUCUUUGUGUUGGCAUUGCCAAGAAGUGGGUCAACAUUCCUUCAUACAAUUUUGUCAUCAAAUGCGUUGGCUGAAACAAUGGCAAUGUAUGAGCAUCUGGCGCCUGGUCCUUUCACAAUGACAAGUCAGUCAAGAAAGAACUUUGGCAAUCAACUUGUCUCUACUGUCCACAGUCACACCUCUACUUUGAACGAAGUUCAUGUUCUCAAAAGUGCAGAACAAGCAGAAGAAGAACUCUUUUUCUUGGAAACACUUGGUCAUUCAUAUUUAUUCCCAAACGCAGUUCCACGAUAUGAAAUGUAUCGAAAAGGGAUGUUUGAACGGAAUUAUGAAUUUGCGUAUGACCAACUGAAAGAUCACAUGAAAAUGCAUCAACUUGAGUUUCUGGUCCCUGCACAAACACUUU